AUGGAGGAAUGGCCGAUAGAAGAAGAUCAGCAGGAGGGGGCCUCAGAGACAACAGAGGGUUUGGGGGAAGAUGCUGCAGCAGAAGUUGAUGAAGACGUAGCAGCAGCUUCUUCUUCUUCGUCAUCUUCAGCAGCAGGAGGAGGAACAUCAGCAGCAGUAGCAGCAGCAGGAGGAGCAGCAGCAACAGGAGGAGGAGGAGGAGCAGCAGCAGCAGGAGGUGAUAGGAGUGUGUAUUUAGAAUCAUUAACUUUUAAUCAAGAUGGAAGCUGCUUUAUUGCAGGCACUACCGAAGGUUUUCGAGUGUAUAGGAGCUCUCCUUUAACAGAGUUUUUAAGAAGAGAGGGUGCGCACUGGCCUGACAAAGGUUUGCAAACAGCAGCAAUGUUAUAUAGAACAAGCGUCUAUGCAACUGUAACACGAACCGAGAAUAAGAAGGUUAAGCUCUGGGAUGACAGCAGAAAAAGAUUUAUAGGAGAACUCAGAAGCAAACAAACUGUUAGAAAUGUCUGUCUAGCGAGAGAUGUGCUCGCAAUGGUUACAGAUUAUACUGUGUAUGUAUACCUGAGCGAGCAGAUGACGCCUGUGAAUAUAAUUCAUACGAGUAUUAAUGAAAACGGUUUAUGUGCAUUAGCAGCAGACGGCGGCUUAGGCAGCUGGUUGUUAGCAUGCCCUGCUGUUGCUGUUGGAGCAGUACGAGUUCAUAGAGGUUUGUCUUCUGCUGCAGCAGCAGCAGCUGCUGCUGCUGCUGCUGAUGGUGGUGAUUCAAAUGCAGCUAAUGCAGCAAAUCCAGCUGCAGCAGCAGCUGCAGCAGCAGCAGCAGCAGGGGGAGGUACAGCGGGGCUUUUAGGGCAUCACCAAUCUUCUUCUUCUGCUGCAGCAGCAGCAGCAGCAGCAGGAAAUAAUACAGCAAAUCAUGUGUUUCAAGCUCAUACAACUCAACUUGCUGCUAUUGUAUUUAAUCUUCAAGGGACGCUAAUUGCUACAGCUAGCGAGAAAGGAACUGUAGCAAAGAUAUUUAAUGCAGCAGAUGGACGGCUAUUAAGACAGCUGAGGAGGGGUAGGAAUAUUUCGAGUAUUAGUUGUGUUUGUUUUCGAGGAGAUAACCGCUUUGUUGCUGUUGCUUCUUCAUCUGAGACUAUUCAUAUAUUUCUUUUAAGCGAUCAGCAGCAGCAACAAGCAGAUGAUGAUGAUAAACACGGACAAACAGAUGCUAAUACUCUCUUUCCUCUACAAGACGCUGCAAAUAGCACCAGCAGCAACAGCAGCAACAACAACAAUAACAGCAGCAGCAGCAGCAGCAGCAGAAGUGUAGCAGCAGCAGCAGCUAUGCAACUACCAGCAGCAAUUAACUCGGGAAAAGAAAUUACUGCUGCUGUCUAUGGGGCCUCAAGGGAGAUCGUUCAAGAUGCAAUUAAGGGCGUGUUGGGCUCUUACUUCCGUGCGUCUCGGAGUUUUGCGCAGUUUCACCUUCCAUCAGAUAUAACAUCGAUAGACAGCCGAUCUUCUUCUUCUUCUAUUAAAGGGCCUUUGGUUUCUUUUGCAGGGCCUAACUCUAAUCACCUUUUCUUGCUGUCUCCCUCUGGACAUUUCUAUGAACUUCGGUUUAAUGCAAAAACAGGAAAAGAAUGCAUACUUCUCACUGCAUGCACAUGGUUUGCAUGCAGACCCAACUUUCGUAUACAGUCUCAUCUCGGUACAGCAGCACUCCCUUCUGAUUUAGAGGGAGGCCAUGAAGGGGAUCAAUGGCAGCUCGUGCUCUAA